AUGACGUCGGAAUUAUGCGCGAUGGGUUGCGUCUGCGCCAUUGUCGUCACGAAUUUCGGCGCUGCAUACGGAACUGCUAAGGCCGGCGUCGGCGUCUGCUCGAUGGCCAUCCUGCAACCUGACUUGAUUGUGAAGAAUAUUGUCCCUGUCGUGAUGGCUGGUAUUAUUGCCAUCUAUGGUCUAGUCGUUUCCGUCCUUAUCGCAAACGAUUUGCAGCAGAACCUCGCUUUAUAUACAGGCUUUAUCCAGCUUGGCGCAGGUCUCUCGGUCGGUCUUGCUGGCUUGGCAGCUGGAUUUUCUAUUGGCAUCGUCGGCGAUGCUGGCGUUCGUGGAACAGCUCAGCAGCCAAAGCUGUAUGUUGGUAUGAUUCUGAUACUCAUCUUCUCUGAAGUGCUUGGCCUUUACGGUCUAAUUGUCGCCCUUCUCAUGAACUCACGCUCGAAACAAGAUGUCGAGGACUGCUUCUAA